AUAAUGUCUUGGUUUGCCGGUUUUGCUAUGCUCGAUCUUUAAUUUCCCUACUAUUAACAACUAAGACAAGUAUAAGUCAGCUCAAUUUAACCGAUUUACAUAAGCUAUCUGUUAUUAUAACUUACUGCCUAUCUUAAGUUAUACUCUAUCUAAGCGAUUAAAUAUAAACUUACUUAAAAAUAUUUUUUAAAUUAUAAUAAAUUUCUAUUAUAAUCUAAUAAAAAUGAGAUUCUCACUUAUAGUAUUUUCUCUUACUACUAGUCUAUCUCUUGCUGAUCAGACGGUGUUCACGGAUCCGGAUACGCGUCGCUGCGACAGGGGCUCCAGUAGAGUUUAUGGCACCUGCUGUUAUUACUAUGACUGCCCAGGUUGUUGGUUUUACCAGCGGUGCUGUUAUAAACCAUCGAAGCGAGAAGAGGACAUUGGUGCAUGUCUAUGUGGGAGGAAUAAAUAUUCGCAGUUUGGCACUUGCUACUAAUUAAUUAGUAGCCUUGAGGGUAACAACAGCAGGGUGUAUUUAACAUAUUUGGAUUAUGAACUUAGAUAACCUCUAUAAACCUGUACCUACAGUAGCUAUUAAUAAGCCUUUUAAAGAAACACUCUCUAAUUAUUAAAUAGGUACUAGGGCCUUAUAUAUAAGCAGG